AUGGAAGUAAUGCAGCAAGGUGGUCAUAAUUUCAAGAUUUUGUAUAUUGGAACUAAUAUAAAUGACUUUGCUGGAUUGAUAGCUGAAGGGAAGAAGGCAUCACCAAGUACGGGUAUUUUGAGAGAAAAAUUUGAUCAAAUUGUACUGGUUUUAAAAUCUUCUUUAAGCUUCUACGAAGAAGGCACACAAAAUCAUUAA